AUGGUGGGUGCCCUGGUCAACGCCACGGGCGUUGGGGCCAAUACCACUGGCGGCGACGAUGGAGCUGGGUCGCCGUCCAUCGUGUCGAUCCUCGUCGCGCUGCUCCUCCCGCUGCUCCUCAACUCGGUGCUCAAGGAGACCCAGGACCGGAUGAUCGAACGGUUGAACGACUGGUACAGCUCGGCGCUUAAGCAAUUCGACGGUGUCGGUUGCGCGCGGACGCUCGAGUGGGUCGAGACGUUUGACAAGUACGGCUACGCCAUGCGCGGGUCCUCCGACGCCGAGGAUCGGAACGAGAUCCUCAUCAAGGCGAUCCUCGACUACGUCUCGGCGCGGCCCGUGCCGUCCUUCGACGGGUGCCUGACGCUCCUGCCGCGGCUCGCGGGCGAGGACGACGCCGAGGAGGACGACGCGGGCUUCUCCGCGGCCCGGGCGCUGCGGCGCCUCGAGAUCCGCAAGACCCCGACGAGCGGGACGACGACGGUCGUGAGCCGCGACGGCCCGGUCUCCAUGCGCCUCGACCGGUCGUCAAAGAGCGGCGGCCAGGACAAGUCCUCCGCGACCUUUGGGCGGAAGACGGUGACGACGACGGCCGCGUUCGCCUUCCGGCGGCGCGGCCUCGCGCUCAAGGAGGCCCGGGAGGGCCGCUUCAUGUUCUCGCCCAUCGCCAAGUCCGAGAACAGCUGGAAGCGCUACGCGCUCGCGGACGAGAAGACCUUCGACGCGCUGUUCUUUUCGGAGAAGCCGCGAGUCCUCCGCCUCCUCGAGGACUUCGAGGCGAAGCGGGGGAAAUUCGCCAUCGCGGGCGUGCAGCACAAGCUCGGCCUCCUCCUCCACGGGCCCCCGGGGACGGGCAAGACGUCGCUGAUCAAGGCCAUCGCGCACGCGACGCGGCGCCACGUCGUCAACGUGCCCCUGAGCCGCGUCCGGACGAACCAGCGCCUCUACGACAUGCUGUUCGACGGGCGCUUCGAGACGGCCUCGGAGACGUUCGAAGUCCCGCCCGACAAGUGCGUCUUCGUCAUGGAGGACGUCGACGCCUGCUCGGACGUCGUCCUCGACCGCGGCGGCGACCGCAAGGACGGCAAGGCGCCGCGCGGCGACGAGCUCAGCCUCGCGGGCCUCCUGAACGCCCUCGACGGCAUCGUCGAGGCGCCCGGCCGCAUCGUCGUGCUCACGAGCAACCACCCGGAGAAGCUCGACCCGGCGCUCGUGCGGCCGGGCCGCGUGACGAUGAAGCUCUACCUCGGCUUCGUCGACGGCGCCUCCGCCGAGGCCAUGUGCCGCCACUACUUCGGCGCCGGGGGCGACGUCGCCGCCGUCGCCGCCGCCGUCGAGGCGCUCGCCGACGCGGGCAAGCGCUUCUCGCCCGCGCAGCUCGAGCACCUCUGCGCGGCCCACGAGACCGUCGACGACCUCCGCGCCGAGCUCGUCGGCCUCCACGCGCGCCUCCAGGGCGAGGCCGUCCGGGCGAGCCUCGACGCGGUCCUCGCCGACGUCCCCGAGGAGCUCCCGCUGGCGACCCCCGGAAGCGCGCCGGCGGCGGCAGGGGAAUGCCGCGCCGGGGACCUCCGCUCGGUCUUCUCCGCCGCGCCCCCGGCCGCCGCGGGCCAGCCCCGCCUCCGCAAGGCGCUCAGCGAGGGCGCGCAGCCGCUCGCGCGCAGCGAGGCGAGGAACUCCGCGUCCCCCGCCGAGUUCCUGGCGAAGAUGGAGAAGCGCGAGAAGCAGAUCCGGCACCAGGCCCUCGAGGUGCUGGACAAGCGGCGCGCCGUCGACGACGCGCGGAAGCUCCAGGAGAAGAAGCGCAACGCGAGAAAGACGACGGGAAAGCUCCGGGGCUGGCGCGAGCAGUACGCGAUCCAGAAGGACCCCGAGCGACUGUUGAGGUGCCCCGACCGGUCGUUCCCCGUGCGCCUCUACUCGAAGAUGGACAACGACGUUUGGAAAUUGCCGGAGCUCCGGUCCUGGUUCCAGAUGAACGCCGUGGACCCGACGCCGGACACGCCGGACGCGCACCGCCGCGGCUACAUGGUCCCGCCCGCGACGGCCGCGCCGGCCGAGCGGCGGCUCCCGACGGCGCACAAGCCGGCGACGGCGCCCGUGUCCAUGGGGCGCCGCAUGCCCACGCCGGGCUUCAACGACUUCGAGGGCUGCCUCACGCAGCAGAAGCACAACGCGGACCUCAAGCUCAAGGAGCGGCAGUACUACCCGCCCCAGGUCGAGGGCCGCGUCUCCGGCUACCGCCAAGCGCCGUGGCUCGACCGGCCCGACGGCUAG